GAGGGGACAGCCUGGAUGGGGGGUUUCCCAGCACGGAGGGAACAGGAGCUGGGAUGAACUGAAUCUAAGAAGAGCUAAACACUUCACAAAACAGGGAUCUCCGGACAGGACAAGACUCGAAAGCGACUCCCAGCCCCUAGCCCAGGACCCCCACGAGCCCAGCCUGCCCCCCAGGUCCCCCACCCGCCACUUCCUGGCCCCUCUCACCACCCACCCCCCUUGGGGCUCAGGGCUUGGUGUGAAAGGCCAAGUGCUGGGCAGGUACCAUGGGUGCUGGGCCCUAAGGCCUGGGUGGCGGGGGGUGGGUGGCCUGUGGGUGCGUGGGGGGCCAGCGCGCCUACCCCAGUCUCUUGGCGUGCUGGAGGGCAUCCUGGAUGGGAUUGAAGUGAAUGGAACAGAAGCCAAGCAAAGUGGAGUGUGGGUCGGACCCGGAGGAGAACAGUGCCAGGUCACCAGAUGGAAAGCGAAAAAGAAAGAACGGCCAAUGUUCCCUGAAAACCAGCAUGUCAGGGUAUAUCCCUAGUUACCUGGACAAAGACGAGCAGUGUGUCGUGUGUGGGGACAGGGCCACCGGUUAUCACUACCGUUGUAUCACCUGUGAGGGCUGCAAGGGCUUCUUUCGCCGCACAAUCCAGAAGAACCUCCAUCCCACCUAUUCUUGCAAAUAUGACAGCUGCUGCGUCAUCGACAAAAUCACCCGCAACCAGUGCCAGCUGUGCCGCUUCAAGAAGUGCAUCGGCGUGGGCAUGGCCAUGGACCUGGUUCUUGAUGACUCAAAGCGCGUAGCCAAGCGCAAGCUGAUCGAGCAGAACCGGGAGCGGCGGCGGAAGGAGGAGAUGAUCCGGUCCCUGCAGCAGCGGCCGGAGCCCACUCCCGAGGAGUGGGACCUGAUCCACGUGGCCACGGAGGCCCAUCGCAGCACCAAUGCCCAGGGCAGCCAUUGGAAGCAGAGGAGGAAAUUCCUGCCGGAUGACAUUGGCCAGUCGCCCAUCGUCUCCAUGCCGGACGGAGACAAGGUGGACCUCGAGGCCUUCAGCGAGUUUACCAAGAUCAUCACACCGGCCAUCACCCGCGUGGUGGACUUUGCCAAAAAACUGCCCAUGUUCUCCGAGCUGCCUUGUGAAGACCAGAUCAUCCUCCUGAAGGGGUGCUGCAUGGAGAUCAUGUCUCUGCGGGCGGCCGUGCGCUAUGACCCUGACAGCGACACCCUGACGCUGAGCGGGGAGAUGGCUGUCAAGCGGGAGCAGCUCAAGAACGGCGGCCUGGGCGUGGUCUCUGACGCCAUCUUUGAACUGGGCAAGUCACUCUCUGCCUUUAACCUGGAUGACACGGAAGUGGCUCUCCUGCAGGCUGUGCUGCUAAUGUCAACAGACCGCUCGGGCCUGCUGUGUGUGGACAAGAUCGAGAAGAGUCAGGAGGCGUACCUGCUGGCGUUCGAGCACUACGUCAACCACCGCAAACACAACAUUCCGCACUUCUGGCCCAAGCUGCUGAUGAAGGUGACUGACCUCCGCAUGAUCGGGGCCUGCCACGCCAGCCGCUUCCUCCACAUGAAAGUCGAGUGCCCCACCGAACUCUUCCCCCCUCUCUUCCUGGAGGUCUUUGAGGAUCAGGAAGUCUAAAGCCUCAGGCGGCCAGAGGGUGUGCGGAGCUGGUGGGGAGGAGCCCGGAGAGGAGGGGCUGAGCUGGGCUGAGGGAGACCCCGCCUCCUCUCCCCUUCUCAUCCUUGGAUAGAUGCAGCUCCCACACACCCCUGCACUGCCCAGGUCCCCCCAGAACCUCCAGCCCUGGGACGGGGCACACAGAUGAACUUGCUAUGAAAGGCUAGUGUGGGAGGCGGGGACCCUGUGCUCUGAGAAGUAGGGGAAGGUACGGAGACCUCAGAGGGACAAGCCGUGGAGACCAUAGGGAAGGGAGGCGUGUGGCUGGGGACUGUGCUGUCGCUGCCCCUGCACGCCGCAGAUGCCCGCCAGCUCCUUGGCCGAGGCUUCCCCUCCAGGUUCAGGGCCUCUGUUUCCCCACCGCCUGGGCGUAGAGGACAGCUUGGGCUGGGCUUUGCUCCUCCACUGGAGGUUAAAGACGAUAGUCAUCCUAACUGCACUUUGGAAACCAAGCAAGGGGAGAAGAUAAAUGAAGAAAAACUAGACAGAGAGAAAAAGACAAAAAAGAGCGAGCGAUAGAGAGAGAUGAUAUUAAGUUAUUAACUGAGGCUGGCCAGAGGGGAGGACCUGUCCUUCCCGCCCCAUGCACUUUGAGAGCUGCCCUCCCUCCCCCCAGAUCAAGAGAGAGACCCCCUUGGGGCAUGGCUGCCCAUCAGAGCUGUGAGUCCACACCACAGGGUCCUGGCCGCCCCCUUGCCUCGCCCCCUCCGCAGUACUUCCUCUGCUCUCUGCCACUCGUGCCCGCUGAGUUCCAUCUACCUCUCACGCUGGAUGCCAGCUGGCCCCUCACCAGCCUGCCCUGCUGCCCGCACAGCGCCCCCUUUCAAGUGCCCGGCCCCAGGGGCCCCUCCCUGGCCCCCUUGCCCCCCACUUGGCACCCACACAGAAUGAACAGUGGCCUGGUCCCGUCCCACCUCAUAGCCUGCAGUAUUAGCUACAAUCCAGAUGCUGCUGGGGGCGUGUGAGCAGCCCCUGGCACCUCCACCCUGUGGGACUCCCGUGGUGCCCCCUUUCCUGGGCUCCCUCUGCCUCCAUCCUCUCUCCCCAACCCCCUCAAUACACUAACCCAGCCUGGGGUGGGCACACAAAAGAGGGGUGUUUGCAGACCUGCACUAUCCGGGGAGGGGCAGUGGGUGACCCUCCUGUUUUCUUUGAAGCUCUUUAGGCCUGCUGCCCUCUGCCCCCUGAACCCCUUCCCCCUCUUUUCUCUAAUUCAGGGACUUUGGCUUGAGCCCCCACCCUCCUGGUGAGGAGUGCUCUGUUGGUCUGUGCUUGGGGGAGCUACCCGCCUCCUCUCCUCCCUCUGGCCAAGGCCCACUCCUCCGGGGUGACCAGGAGGGAGGAGGCAGGGAGGGGACAGAGCAGACCAGAGGGCCCUGGGCUCAGGGCUGCAUGUCGGCAGGGAUGGAUGGGUGGACGCAGGUGCCCCCGGAAGCCAUGGGGAAUGGGGUGGGGUGGGGAGGGGUGUAAGGGCUUCCCGCGCUUUGCACUAUUGGGGCACAGGUGUCUUAAGCAGUGGGGAACCUGCCACUCCACUCUGACCCUCAGCCUGCCACAGCCCUACACACACACACACACACACACACACACACACACACGCGCGCGCGCGCGCGCGAAAGGUGAUGCCAUGCCACCAGCCCGGGCAGUGUCCUCCUCUCCCUCCCUGUAAGGUUUCCAGCCCAGCAGGGCCUGGGGAGCUUCAUGUCACCUGUGCAUGUGCCUGCCCCACCCUCCGGGGCCAGCGGCCUUGCCAUCCUGUUUCUCUCUCUCCCUCUCCCUCUCCCUCUCUCUCUCUCUCUGGGCACUGACCCUGUACCCUCCAGUCCCAUGGGGAAGCCCAUCCCUCCUCCGCUCCUGGGGGCCCAGUGGAGUUCCUGACCCGUCUGCUGUCCCUUCUGCCAUAGCCAUGCUACCCCCUACCCCAAUCACUGAGCUGUGACCCCCACCCCACCCUCCCCGCUCAGUGUCACGGGGUGUGUGUGUGCGUUUCUCUGCGUGAAUGUGCGCGUGAGUACGUGGGUGGGGGGAGCCAGGAGACUCAGGAGUGCCACGCACCUGCUCUAGCGAGGCAGCUGUCCCAGUCCCUGCUGCGGAGUGAGGGACAGGGCCCUCUCCUGGGGGCCAUCGGUGCUAAGGAGGGGGUGGCCUUGCUGUGGGUGCUUCGCACACCCCCUCCAGUGUUGGCCCGGGGCACUAGGGCAGGCAGGGUGGGGCAGCAGGUGCAGUAUUGGGGGGAGGGAGACGACGGACUGGUCACUGGGAGUAGGCUGAGGGGCCAGGCAGGACAAGGGGGUGCCAGAGCCAUGACCACUACCCACCUCUCCAUCUCAGUACAGCCCUCCCAUCACUUACAAUACACAUACCUCAUCCAGUCUCCUCCCUGCGGGGACCUGGGGAGGGUAGGGGGAGCCCCCUUCCCUGGGCGGUGCGGGUCUGCAGGGCUGGGAGAGGGCAGGGCGGGUGUUGGACACCAGCCCAAGAGGGACAGUACUUCCUGCCCUGGGACCUCCUGGGCGGGGGUGGGGACACUUCCCAGAGGCUACUGAAUGUAUGAGAAGCUGGUGCUGGGGUGGGGGGAGGGGGUCGUGGCCAGAAACAGGGAAGGCGGCCAGUCCCGUCCCCUGGGAGGGGGGACUGCUGGGGGUGACCUGAGGGGCUCCUACUCCUGCCCCACACUGACAAUCAGUAUGUCUGUUAUGUGCGAUUUUUCACCCCGUUUGUUUUGGGUCAGGAUUUUAAAGAAAGAUAUUUUUAUGGUAAUUGUUGCUCGUCUAUUUUACUAUAUAUUUAUGUAAUAAAUAUAUGAUGAAAAUAACCCCCUCGGGCACCCCCUUAGAUUUGUGUGCUGUUUCCCUACAGCCUCCCCCCUCUGCUGGCCAAGCUCCCACCCCACAAACUGA